CACAACAGCCGUGUCUUUCGGAAAGUAAAAACCUAGAGAAAGGAGUCUGCUGAACGUUUCAAAACUAUCAAAAACUGUGGGCAACUGUGUGUAGCAGAAUUUUGAAUAAUUAUACUUACUUUUAUAGAAACUAUAAAGAUUUUGAACUUACAAGAAACUGUAUGGUAAUUGUUUCAAAUGUUUGUUUUAGAAACAAAAAACUAAAGUGCAUAUCAGAUUAUUGGGAAAUUCAAAGAAGCGAAACCUCUCAUACCUUUCUUGGAACUUUGAUUUAUAAGUUUUUGCCUGAGAAUGCAUGUUCUGAAAUCUACUAUAGAAGAGACAGGAGUAAAUACCUUACCUUUCAAUAUUGAUUACGUCCCGGAGUUCUUCAAGAAAAAAGCUAAGACAGAGCUGAAUGAAACUCCUGACCGUGUGAAACAAAGUAUAACGCGGAUAAGAGAAAUGAUAAAAGAUUUAUAAGUUUUUGCCUGAGAAUAUGCGUGCUCUGAAAUCUACUCUAGAAGAUACUGGCGUUAAUAUCUUACCAUUCCAUAUUGAUUAUGUCCCAGAGUUCUUCAAGAAAAAAGCUGAGAUAAAGCUGAAUGAAACUCCUGACCGUGUGGAACAAAGUAUGAAGCAAUUAAGAGAAAUGAUCAAAGAUGAUGAAGACUUAGCUGCCAUAGAAUUGGAAGAUAUGUAUUUACUUGUGUUCCUGAGGUUUAACAAAUUUAAUUUGUCUCGAACUUACUCUCAUUUAAAAAUUUUUGAUAAUUUUCGAAAGCAGAAUCCAGAUUCUUUCAAGAAAAUAAACUUUGAAGAGUGUGUCAAGGGAAUAACCAGCGAAAUUAUUUCAUUUCUUCCAUGGAGGUGUCCAGACGGAUGUGCAAUUUUACUUGUACAAUUAGAUAAAUGGAAUCCUGAUGAGCUUUCUGUUGAAGCCUUGAAACGUCUACUACUUGUUUAUAUUGGGCAAUCUUUACGCAGUCCUAUGACGCAGAUAAAUGGAAUUAAGAUAAUUGCAGACGUUAAGAGUAAUCCUAUCAAGCAUCUCAAAUACUGUACACCCGAAAACCUUUAUUUGUUAUAUUAUGGCGGAAAGGAGUGUGCUCCUGCAAGAUAUAUAAGCAUUCAUAUCAUAAACUCCUCUGUGACAUCAAAGAUUGGAUGGUUUAUCAUAAAGCAGUUUUUGUCAGAGAAGCUAAAGAAAAGGAUUCAUUUUCACUCUAGUCCAGAAAAACUUCUGAAGUAUUUUCCUCGUUCUGCUUUGCCCAUGAAAUAUGGUGGUGAUAUAAUUUCUUAUGACAUGACGAAAUGGCUGAAAGAUGUUAUGGAGCCAGAAAAAAUAGCUAAUCUCCGAGGCGAAUCAGUUCCAAUUAGGAAGUGAAACUUAGGUAGUUGAAUAUAAAAGUGCCAGUAUUCUUAUAAACUUUCGAGUAACCUCAAAUUAUGGUGUAAUUUAUCUUUUGAUUACAAGCCCUUUAUGUAAAUAUAUUAAAACAACAAGAAAUACAGCUGUAACAUCACUGCAGAUACGUGCCUAAAGAGAGACAUUUAAAGGCGAAAUAAUUUAAUCUGCCAUGUAUAUAGUAACAAGACAUGAUCAUAAUAAAAUCUUUUAUUAUGAUAAAAAA